UCCCAACUUCCACACCGCCAACACCGAGACGAGAAGAAGAAAACAAAGAAGAGAGAGAGCUCCCAGCGCCACCGCCAUGGCCGACGGCUCCGAUGGCGGCGGCGGCGGAGGCGGAGCCUCGCCGGAGGAGGCUCUACACAAGUACCGGGAACUCCUCGGUAGCGCUGAGAGGAAGUUUGCGCGCGUGCGCGACCUCCCACCCUACUCUCGUGGCCCGCAUCUUGUGCACUACCAUCGCAAGGUCUUCCGAGCAUACACGAUGCUCUGGAGAUUCCAGCAAGAGCGCCGGAGGGAGCUUGUUGAGGCUGGCUUCCGCCGGCCGGAGAUCGGCGAGAUCGCGUCCCGGAUCGGUCAGCUGUAUUAUUCGCAGUACCUCCGCACCAGCGAGGCUCGGUUUCUUCUCGAGAGCUAUGUUUUCUAUGAAGCAAUACUCAGUAGGGGGUACUUCCAGAGUGGGGGAGGGCGCAAGGGUUUUGCUUCGGACGUGGGAUUGAGAUUCAAGGAGUUGAGGUUUCACGCUAGGUUUUUGAUUGUUGCUAUGCUUUUGAAUCGCGGGGAGGUUGUGAGGAAUCUCGUGGAACGGUUCAAGUCUCUCGUGGUGGAUUCUAGGGUUUCGUUUCCUGGGACCAAUUUUAAAGAAUGGAAGCAAAUGCUGCAAGAAAUUGUCCGGUUCUUGAAAGCUGACACAAGUUUUGCGAAUCCAAGGCCUUUGAGAUACAAUGUUUUGUUUGAUUCCCAUCCAUCAUCUGUGCCAUAUAUUACACGUCUUCAAGCAAAAGCAAGGAGAGUGUUGGCACUGCAGGAAGCAUUGUUAAUGACUUACCAUCGAAAUGAGGUCAAGUUCACAGAGCUUACUAUAGACACUUUCAGAAUGUUGCAAUGUUUGGAGUGGGAGCCAAGCGGAUCAUUUUAUCAGCCACAUACAGAUGAACCAAGUGAUAACAGCAAUUUCAGUGAUCAGAAUGGGGUAUCAGGAUUAAUUGAUAUAAAUCUUGCAGCAGAUAUGACCGAUCCAAAUCUGCCUCCAAAUCCACGGAAAGCUAUUCUUUAUCGUCCUACUGUUUCACACUUGAUUUCGGUACUCGCAAUGAUUUGUGAAGAUCUUUCUUUGGAUAGGAUAUUGCUAAUUUACAUCUCAGCUUCAGGGAGAUCUGACCAGAAUACUGCCUAUUUGAAAGAUAAGCCAGGGACAUCUUUGGACUCAUUGAAGCUAACUACUUCUUCUGAGGUCUCUUGUAAACAAAAUGGCUUAUUGAGACGAACUAUGUUAUCCGAUGGACAGAAUUCUAAUAAUUGUUAUGGAAGUUGUCUAUCUUUUGGUUCUCGAGGUAGUCGAGGUCUGGACAAUCUAUACCCUGAUGACCUAAUUCCAUUCACAAGAAUCCCACUUUUCAUGAUUAUUGAUAGUGAUAAUAGCCAAGCAUUCAAGGCAGGUGCACUUCUUGUUGUACAUGUGGUUUUAUGAGCUAGGAUACCCUAAAUCAUAGAAAAAGUAACCAGAAAGAAUGGGCUAGACUUGAUAGUCCCCAGAACUUGGUUUCCUACGAGAUGCCUCCUCCACGUCGAGCUUUACCAAAAUAUAUUUUGCUAUCAGGCCACAUAUCCUUCCUCAAGUGUACAUCUUAUUCUUGUUUCUUGGACCAUUGGAGAUUUUGCAUAUAAUUUUCAGUUAAAUCAAGGGCAAGAAUGAAAAAUAGACCACUUCUCGGGACCAUGAUGUUAGUCUCCUGUUAACUUUUAAAGAUGAAUGCUUGUGACCAACAUAUAAACAUAAAGCAUCUUCAGUGAACAAUUGUGUGAUUUUUAACCCUUGCAAUGGUUUGUAUUUAGUAUAUUACUACAUUUGUUUUUUUUCAACUUCAAUCUAGUAAGCAGAAUAUUUUACAUUUUUUUCUCUAAGAAAAUUGGAUAGGAAACUGUACUGAAUAACAAAAGGCAGUGCUUACCUUAUUUAUCAUUCUCUAUAAUUAUAAGAAAAUUCUGUCUGUAGACCAAUUUAAAUACCUUGUAAUAGUUAGACCGUAUUCGUCAUUCAGUCGUUUAGCUUGAUGACGAAGCAUGAUUGUCUGCUAGUAAGAGUGGCAAGCCUCUCUGCUUUUCUCAACCUGAUGAAUCAAGCCGAUAACACAAGCUUUCCUCUUUCUCUUACUCUUCCUCGUAGUCAGAUUUUAGCAAAUGAUCAUUUACCAUUGAAAAAGGUGCACAUUUGUAGCAAUUGCUUUCUCUGUCAUUUAUGCAUAUGUCGCCCAUUCAAUUGAAAGUAUCCAAGUAUGCUAACCUUUACUUGUUGUAUUCUUCCUGAUCAUGCAAGUAAAGAAUUGAUCCAAGUCACAGCAAGCUUUUAAAAAACUCCUUAUCAAGUAUCAAGUUGUAGAGUUUGUCAUUAUAAUGGUUUGCUGGAAGCUAGCUAGUUGAAUGAUUUUUAUCAUAAGGAUGGUGCAAUGACCUAUGAUUGUAAUUUUCUAUGAUUUUAUGCAGACUACCUUAUUGUAAUUUAAUUUGGUUGCUUUUUGUUCUUUUCCUGUGUGCCUUGUGUGGUUUCUUCAUUUGUUACUAGAUGGAGCCGAUGUCGUAUUUUUGAAGUUCUGUGUUCCAUUGGAACAUUCGUUAUUACACCACACACUAGAUUUCUCUGGUUAGUACGACGGGUUAAUCUGCUGACGAGUUUUGACUGAUGAAACAUGCAAACAUGGACCGACUUUUUUCAUGAUUGUUUCUUCAUUUGCAUUAAGACAUUCUCUUUUUUGCUUUUACCCUUCAGUUACACUAGUGUUAGCCUAGUUGGCAGAAAGUUGUAUAACAAGCUUUAUAAGGAGAUGGUGUCUUUGGCAGUUUAUUGGAAGCAGGUGUAUUCUUAGAAAUGAUCCUUCUGUUCUGUUAUGAUUUUGCCUAGUUGUGAAAUCAAUGAAGUAUGAAUGAUAUAUUUUCCUUGACCAUAUUCUGCCUUUUUUGACUUUUAAAUGUAAACGGUAUACUUAAAAUGUUCUCUUAACUAUCCAUUCUC